AUGAAAUCAUUAAUAUUCAUUAUCUUGUUUCUGUAUAGUUUCGUUCCUAAUGUUUUGUCAUCGCAAUGUUAUAAAGUUAAUAAUUUUAACUAUAACUCGGCUCAAAUUGUUGACUGUGAUUGGUCAAAUCCAAUAAAACAAGAUGUAACUAACAAAUUAAAUCAGGAAACUGGAGCAGCACCCGAAGAAAUGUUUAAAGUGAAAUUAGAUU